UUUCGAGUUCACAAAAAGAAUUUCCUCGCUCUACCGCCGCCGUCUCUCUUCUCUCAGCAAGGUUGAAUCAUCAGAGAAGAAAGGGUUUUACACUGCGGCGUAAAGGAUGAAGCUUGACGUGAAUGUGUUGAGAUAUUUAUCCAAAGAUGAUUUUCGAGUUCUCACUGCUGUCGAGAUGGGAAUGCGAAACCAUGAGAUUGUUCCUUCUGAGCUUGUGGAGCGCAUUGCUUGUCUAAAACAUGGAGGCACCUACAAGGUCCUGAAGAACUUGCUCAAGUAUAAGCUUUUGCACCACGAUUCCUCUAAAUAUGAUGGAUUCCGACUCACCUAUCUGGGUUAUGACUUUCUUGCCAUUAAAACAUUGGUCAACCGGGGUAUAUUUACCGGUGUCGGUCGUCAGAUUGGUGUUGGUAAAGAGUCAGACAUAUUUGAGGUCGCUCAGGAAGAUGGAACUAUUCUAGCAAUGAAGUUACAUAGACUAGGGAGAACCUCCUUUAGGGCUGUCAAAUCUAAGCGUGACUACUUGAGGCAUCGCAGUAGUUUCAGCUGGUUGUAUCUCUCCCGACUUGCAGCUCUCAAGGAGUUUGCUUUUAUGAAGGCUUUGGAAGAACAUGACUUUCCGGUUCCAAAAGCUAUUGACUGCAAUAGACAUUGUGUUAUCAUGUCCCUUGUGCAAGGUUACCCCAUGGUUCAGGUGAAGCAAUUACAGAACCCUGAGACAAUUUUCGAGAAGAUCAUUGGUAUUGUUGUUCGUUUGGCUGAGCAUGGUCUAAUUCAUUGUGACUUCAAUGAAUUCAACAUCAUGAUUGAUGAUGAAGAGAAAAUAACGAUGAUUGAUUUUCCACAAAUGGUAUCUGUUUCACACCGAAAUGCACAAAUGUACUUUGACCGUGAUAUCGAAUGCAUCUUCAAGUUUUUCAGAAAAAGGUUUAAUAUGUCUUUCCAUGAAGAUAAAGGUGAAUCAGAGGAGACGGAGGUGGAUGAGAACAGCAGACCAUCUUUUUUCGAUAUUACUAAAGAUGCUAAUGCUCUGGAUAAAGAUCUAGAAGCUAGUGGGUUCACAAGAAAGGAGCAGACUGACCUCGAUAAAUUUAUUGAAGGUGGGGUGGAGAAGAGUGAAGAUUCUGAUGAGGAUGAGGAAUCUGAUGAUGAAGAGCAGACUUGUGAAUCAAACGAAGAAGGAAACCUAAAUGAAAUAAAAUCAUUACAGUUGCAAGACAAGGAGCAAAAAAGUUCAGAUGGUGUUGAGGCAGAAGUUGAGUUGGAUAAUACCGAGAACGGUGAAAGCAAUGGAGAUGAAGAUGAAGUCGGAAGUAAUGAGGAGGAGGAAGAGAAAGAGGCAGAGCUGGAGAAAAAUUUGGGCAAGGUAAGACGCAGAGCCAUGGCAGCAGCCAGGGGACGUAGAAAGUCACAGUCUUCAAGAAACACAUACAAGGACAAAGGACGCGGAUCCCAAAACUCCAAGAUCCACAGCAACAUGAGCGGCUUUUGAUACUCCAACUGUGGGCUUGAAUGGGCCGUAUAAUGAUGUAAACGGGCCCAUAAUCUUUUUCUAGUGACUUUUUCUCGAAUCGUUGAGUUUUCCAAAUUGAACACCAACCAAUGUACUGAGACAGAGAAAUUAAAUUAUAACGGAUAUGUUUCUUAAUAAAUCAAAUCUCAAAUGUUAUUUUGUCCAAAUUUUGUUUGAUGUAGUUUUAGCGGGGCUAAACUGAAAACACAUGAAAGUCAA